GCGCUCUCUCUCUCUCUCUGUUGCACACUGAGCUCGACAGCCCAAAACUUCUCUGUAUCUCCAACCCUAACAAUGAGACUUUCAAAUCCAUGGCGUCUGCUUCGUCUCCGAGCUCGCCUCGGCCCUUUGGUUCGCGCGUCCGUACACCCCUCUCUCUCCGAGUUGCCAUCGCAGCCCAACCUCAACUCGCUUCGGUCUCUCACUUCACUCCUUCACUCUCGCUCGCCUCUUGGUACGCUUUCUCCUUCUCAAUCCAUUUUCGCGAUUGAUCACAUAAACCCUGGGAUCCAGAGAUUCCAGAAAUUCUCAUCCGAGCCGGAACUUGAAAGUAGAGAUUCUGAUCAAGCUGUUAUUGUAUCCGACAUUUUGUCCAAAUCGAACAAUUCGGAGGAGAUUAAGAAAGAUUUGGAGUCGAACGGGAUUGUGAUAAGCCAUGAUUUGAUAUUAGGGGUUUUGGGAAAACUCGAAUCUUCUCCUGAUGUUGCGAGGAGGUUCUUUUCUUGGGUUUUGGAAAAUGAAGAGAAGAGAUUGAGCUCAAAGUCUUAUAAUUUGAUGCUGAGAAUUUUGGGUGUCAAUGGGUUUGCUAACGAGUUCUGGGUUUUAUUGGAGGGUAUGAAGAAAAAGGGAUAUCUUAUUUCCAAGGGCGUUCGUGAUAAUGUUUUGGAGAAGUUUGAGGAGGAGGGAUUGGAUGGAGAUGUUGAGAGGUUGAAUGCGGUUUUUGAUUCGGGGUCGAUCAACAAUUCGGAGAAGAAGAUUUCUUCUAUGGUUUGUAGGAUUAUCAGAAAUGAGGUUUGGGGGGAUAACGUGGAGAAACAAUUAAGGGAUUUGAAUGUCACGUUUUCUAGUGAUAUGGUUAAAAUGAUAUUGGAAAGUCUGGCUUUGGAUCCGAUGAAGGCGCUUAUACUAUUUCGGUGGCUCGAAGAGAGCGGGUUGUUCAAGCAUGAUCAGCAGACAUAUAAUGCGGUCGCAAAGGUACUGGGAAGGGAAGAUUGUAUUGAUAGGUUUCAGAAAAUAGUUGAAGAGAUGAAGAGUUCUCAGUUUGAAAUGGAGGGAGAGACUUUCCAUGUUGUUCUUGGACGGUUUUGUAAGAGAAGAAUGAUUGAAGAAGCUGUUAACUUGUAUGAGUUUGCAAUGUCGGGUUCCAAUAAGCCUUUGGAAAAUUGUGGGACCUUUAUGUUGAAGAGAAUAGUCACGGCCAAGAAGUUGGAUAUGGGUCUGUUUUCAAGGGCUGUGAAGAUUUAUACUUACGGUGGGAAUGUGUUGACAGAUUCUACUCUCAGUGCAGUUCUCAAGUCUCUAACAAGUGUUGGUAGAGUUGGAGAGUGCACUAAGGUUUUGGAAGCGAUGGAGGAAGUUGGAUAUGUUGCUAGCGAUAAUCUGCGUAGUAAAAUUGUAUUCCUGCUUAAUAAUGCGGGCAAAAAGGAUCAAGCAAUUAAGUUUGUGGAUAAAGAGGAAGUACCUAGGUAUACCUCUGGUCAGAAGACAAGGAAAACUCUAAUUAUGGGACUUUGUAGAGUUGGAUAUUUCAAUGAAGCUUAUGAUCAUCUCCGAAAGAUGGUUGAAAGCGAGGGUGUUGAUUCUGUCUAUUCUCCUUUAGAUUCUAUAGUGGAUACGUAUUGCAAAAGGAACAAGGCAGUGGAUGCUUGGAAGAUGCUUCAUAAUCUUGUCAGUGAAACACAGGUCAAGCCAUGGCAUACGACAUACCAGAUGUUGAUAACUAAUUUAUUGGCUCAGGGUGGAUUUAGUGAUGCUUUGAAGGUGUUGGGGUUGAUGAAAGGUCACGGGUUCCCACCUUUUACCGAUCCAUUCGUUGCGUAUGUCUCAAAGUCUGGAUCAGGGGAUGAUGCUAUAGAGUUUCUGAAGGCGACUACGAAGAGGUUUCAUUCUACCUCUGUGUUUCUCCGUGUGUUUGAAGCCUAUUUUAAGGCCGGAAGGCGUGAUGAAGCUCAAAAUUUCCUUUCUAAAUGCCCCGGUUUCAUCCGCAACCAUCCCGAUGUAUUGAAUCUCUUCUCGUCCAUGGAGCCUGCAGAAGUUACUGCUUCCACUCCGUUGGCUGCUUAGAGCCUUUGUUAGGUUGCAUCUCUUUUUUGUUGUUUUUGAGGAUAAUGUAUCAACGGGCAAGGCCUUUGCUAAAAAUAGUUUGGCAUCAAUGUCACCUUUGCUCACAACCAAAAUUUAUUGAUUUUUUGAGAAUAAUCAACUUUUUUGUUUGGUGGCAGCAAGCAAAGUUCAAG